AUGGAGCAGCCUCGAUUCGCCAAGGUCAAGCGGACCGUCUCGGGCCAUCCAGCUGGCAACAAGGCUUAUCAACUCGGGCCCAACUUGAAGAAACGUACCUGGGCACAAUUUCUCGAGAAGGCGGAAGAAUUGCAGCGGGUCGGUCAAAAUGGGGGCGAUGCGACUCGUAUUGCUCAGCUGUCCAAGGAGAUGGCUGAGAUGGCUAAAAAAGAUCAACAUCUGGAUGGGAAAUCCCUUCGUAGCACUUUCCACUUGACACCCGACUAUGGCCCCUCGAGACACGUUCGGAACGGCGAGUUUGUUCCAGGCGAGACUUCUGAAGCCCGCUCCGAACGUUUCACCGACCCUAGUGAAUGGAGAGACGCCAAGAAUCGACUAGACAGGCACGAUGAUACUCUCGGGGCACACAGGGCACUGAUGGAGAGCAAUGCAGACGGAAUCGAUAUGGCCAGCAAUCGCAUCGUCAAGAAUGCCGACGAUAUCGACAGCGUCAAGAAAGCGCUGGCGAAGCAGAAGCCUGGCAGGACUUGGCCCCUCUACGCGGGCCUCGGUGGAUCCACCUUACUGGCAGGAGGGGCUGUAGUGCUCGACGCUUCCUCGAACGAGAGGCUCAACGACCAGUCGGAAACCAUUAGCAACCUGUCAAAGGAAGUGACCCGUCUCAAGACACAGAAAGGGCAACUGCCCACCUCGGUCAAUGGGCCUGGCAGGGGUGCUGCCAACAGCGGAGAAGGUCUGAUCUCACGCUGA